GCCUUCACUGUGCCGCCGGAAGUGCUUUGUUGAGCUAAUUCCUGUUCAGAAAAUGGAUUAAAUUCGCGUUUUUCUGGAAAUAUCAGCCACUCAGUCUGUAGAGGAUGUCUUCCACAGUGAGAAGUGGGGACAUUAUCCACCUGAAUGUUGGCGGGAAGAGGUUCAGCACCUCCAGACAGACGCUCACCUGGGUUCCUGACUCCUUCUUUUCCAGCCUGCUGAGCGGCCGUAUCUCCACGCUGAAGGAUGACGACGGAGCCAUCUUCAUCGACAGAGACCCCUGCCUGUUCGCGCCCAUCCUCAACUUCCUGCGCAGCAAAGAGCUGUACCCCCGCUCCAUCAACGUGCACAUGCUGAUGCACGAGGCCGAGUUCUACGGGAUCACGCCGCUGGUGCGAAAGCUGCAGCUGUGUGACGAACUGGACCGAUCCUCCUGUGGAAACGUUCUGUUCAACGGCUACCUGCCUCCACCAGUGUACCCGGCGAAGCGUCGGAACCGCCACAGUGUGGCCGGAUCACAGUUCAUGGGGGGUCGGACCGGGCCGGUGGAGAGGGCGCCGGUCAGACGCAGCAACACGAUGCCUCCUAACCUGGGCAACUCUGGGAUCCUGGCUCGCACCGAGGAGAGGAUGUGUGCAGGUGGGGCGUCGGACUCCGGCAUGGUCCGGAUCAUCUGCGGACAUCAUAACUGGAUCGCCGUGGCGUACGCCCAGUUUGUGGUCUGCUACAGGAUGAAGGAGUCCACCGGCUGGCAGCAGGUCUUCACCUCGCCGCGCCUCGACUGCAUGAUCGACCGCGUGGCGCUCAACGCCAAGGUGAUGGGCGGCUCGCUGGGAGACAACGACAAGAUGGUGGCCGUCGCCUCGGUGACCGAGAUCAUCCUCUGGUCCAUCUGUCCCGACGGCAACGGCAACGAAAUCGGCGUCUUCAGCCUCAACGUGCCGGCCGAGGCGCUCUUCUUCGUUGGUAACCAGCUGAUCGCCACCAGCCACACCGGGAAGGUCGGGGUGUGGAACGCCGUCACCAAACACUGGCAGAACCAGGACGUGGUUCCCAUCAGCAGCUACGACACGGCCGGUUCCUUCCUCAUCCUGGGCUGCAACAACGGCUCCAUCUACUACAUCGACGUCCAGAAGUUUCCUCUGAGGAUGAAGGACAACGACCUGCUGGUGACGGAGCUCUACAGAGAUCCCACUGAGGACGCCAUCACCGCCCUCAGCGUCUACCUCACCCCCAAAACCAGUGACAGCGGGAACUGGAUCGAGAUCGCGUACGGAACCAGCUCCGGCACGGUCCGGGUCAUCGUUCAGCAUCCGGAGACGGUCGGUUCCGGUCCGCAGCUCUUCCAGACGUUCUCCGUCCAUCGCAGCCCCGUCACCAAGAUCAUGCUGUCUGAGAAGCACCUCAUCUCAGUCUGCGCGGACAACAACCACGUUCGGACCUGGACGGUGACCCGGUUCAGAGGGAUGAUCUCCACGCAGCCCGGCUCCACGCCGCUCACCUCCUUUAAGAUCCUCAGCCUGGACGACGUGGACGGCCACGCCGGCUGCAGCGCCGGCACCGAGAUCGGUCCGUACGGCGAGCGGGACGACCAGCAGGUGUUCAUCCAGAGAGUGGUACCGGACACGGAUAAGCUCUACGUCAGGCUGUCGUCCAACGGGAAGAGGGUGUGCGAGGUGCGCUCGGUGGACGGCACCGCCAUCACCGCCUUCAUGGUCCACGAGUGCGAGGGAUCGAGCCGCAUCGGCUCGCGGCCGCGCCGCUACCUGUUCAGCGGCCACGCCAACGGCAGCAUCCAGAUGUGGGACCUGACCACGGCCAUGGAGAUCGCCGGGAAGGUGGACAUCAGAGCGCUGGGCGGGCCGACGGAGGAGGAGCUGCUGGAGCUGCUGGACCAGUGCGACCUGGCUCUGACGCGGACGCCUGACAGCACGCCGCGGGCGUCCACCUGCAGCCUACACUCUCAGCUCAGCGACGGUCUCCGGGCGGAGCGGCUCCACCCGGCCGGAGGGCGAGGGCCGGCCGGGGCGUCGGGUUCCUCGGCCUCGCUGUGCGGCAGCCUCCCUCGGCAGGCUCCGCCCCCGGGCGCCCUGACCAGAACGCCACGGGAGGCCGCGCUCUCCGCCGGCUUCCAGGGGUUCUACGGUCCCGCCCGCAAUCAGAGCCCCCAUCCUCCCCGGCACCACCCGGACCGGGACAGGGAGGCGGUGCGCAGGGGCAGCUUCGUGGAGCGCUGCCAGGAGCUCGCCAAGGGCCCCGACGGCGCCGCCAGCUCAGCUUUCGGGAUGCCGCCCUGGUCGGAGGGCGUGCGGCGAAGCGUGGCGGUCUGCAGCGAGCUGGAGGCCAGGUUCAACCUCAGGACCCCCACCAGCUUCACCGUGUCCCCCGGACCCCGGCACCCGCCCGGAACGCCUUCCUCCAUGUCCUCCUCGCCGCUAUCCUCAUCCCAGCGCAGGGCCACGCCCACCUCGCCGACAAGCCCCGCCUCCACCACCCCCAGUCCAAACCGCCCGUUGACACCUGUGUCGCCUCACCGUGGCGCCGCGGCGUCGCCCGCUGACCCCCCGGCGUCGCCAGAGGGUCCGUCGAGUCCGGAUGGUGCCGGGACGCCACCCAGCCCCAAACCGCACAUGAACGAGACCAGCUUCUGACGGAGCGGCCCAAACUGGCUUCUGAUUGGCUGCCGGGGCCCAGCGUCAGCCUCUGGGUGAACUGCUGCGUUUCUCCAGACUUCCAGCUGGUGGCGCCAGAGAGCCGAGAAUAAACACUAAGCAGCUGGACAGUUCUCUGCGUUAAACCAGAACCGGAGCGGACUGAGGCUGCUGUGUUCGGUUUGUUUUUCUAACGUUUCUAUCCGACGUUUCAGGAUCGUUUCUGAUCCGCUCUGAUUUCUACAGAACAGAAGAUUUAUUUUUAUCUUUUCUAUCUGGAGUUUUAUUUAGAACCUGAAGGGGGCAGCACCGGGUCCCGUCGUCAGUUCCCUGAGAACUUCCUGGGGAAACUAAUUUAACAUCGUUUAAACAUCAAAGUAUUUAUUGUUAAAGUUUUCUACAAAGCUAAAUCUUAUCUUGAUUUGAAUGUUUGUUCUGUCUGCAGUUUAUGUGAAGGACCUCCAGGUUCUACGGUCUUUAUACAGACUAAAUCUUUGUUUUCCUGCCGUUUUAACCUCCCUCUGGUAUAUUUAUCUAAAUGCUCUCAGUUUAGUCCAAUAACUGAUUAAUCAACAGGAUCAUGUGAAAGGCUUUGUUGUUUGGCGCUGUGGAUGGAUCCAGAAAACAUGUUUGUCGUCGUUUUAUAGAUAAUUUCUUUUCAAUUAUGGCUUGUAGGUCAGAUGCAUCAUUCCUUUCCACGUCUGAAAUCAAGAACUGUGUUUAUAAAGGAAUGGGAAAGAACCAGGAGAGAAAGGAAGUGAGUAAAAUGCAACAGAGAACGGAAAUUAUGAUGCCAAACAGGGAAGAUGUUGCUUUGGAGGCCGUUAGACAAGCUGCUUAACAGCAGUACUUUGGAGAUCUAACAAACUAGCACCGUAUGGAAGAGUUGGAGGAGCUCCCAGUCUGCCGGUGACUUGCUACUGUGGAGAAAGACCUUGUUUGAAAAAAAACGAGGAGCAGCUAAUGCUAAACAAGGUGAUGGAGAGGAAGUCAGAAUACCUGGUUAGCCGCUGCUAGCUUCAGCUAGCCGCUGCCGUUACUCUCCUUCAUUUGGUUCAGACACAGGAAAAAAUCAUGAUAGUCCUGCUACGUAUCAGUUAAAGAAAGCACUGAACUGUUAAACUUUGUGCUCACAAACACACGCUGUCCCCUUGAUUGUUGCCAGCUGGCUGUCAGCUUGAGCUAGCCACUGCUAGCUACUAUUAGCCGCUGUUAGCUUCAGCUCGCUUCAGCUAUCCGCUGUUAGCUUCAACUAGCUGCAGUUAUCCGCUGCUACAAGCUGCUGUUAGCUGCAGCUAAGAACAGCUAGCUGCUGCUGUUAGUUGCGGCUAGCUGCUGUUAGCCUCUGCUAGCCUCUGCUAGCGGUGGACCAUGCUGGUUCUUCUUCGCUCAGGUUUCGGUCUUUCCUUCCCCAUAAACACUUGCGUCCCCAAACGACAAACUGUUUUUGUAGGACUAGGAAACAUCUGCCGUGCUUCAACCGAGCCGCCAGCAGUUCCUGCAGAGAGGAUCUUUGUGGCGAGUGCUCACUUUGUUCGUUUUCUGAACGCCCUCAUUCAGUUUAUUCCUCUAAAAGGAAAAUGACUGUAAGAGCAGCGCAUGUGGGUCAGCUCCAUAUAUGGUAGUGCCUUCCUGUUUCAGCAGGUGGUAAACCGCUGGAACAGCUGCUUGGACUUCAGGUUUCCAGUAAAACUAGGCGUCACGAAGUUGGUCUGGUUAACGUUGAUUAUGUUUAUUAACUUUAUUUUGCAGUUUUUUAUUUAAAAAUGAUGAAGUAAAUUUAAAAUAAUUCUUCCUUGGUCCCUUCUUCCUCCCAUGCUUUCAUUAAAAGCUCAAUGUGUUGCCUUUGCUGCCACCUGGUGGUUUGGCUGUAAGCUGCAUUUAAAUGGCUCAGCCAAACCGUCUAUUUCUGUAAAUUUCUCUGAUUUGUUCAUCUUCUGCUUCUUUAUUGGGGUUCAGGUGUUAAAAUCAUAGAAAACCUUUCAGAGAACCAGUGAUACAGAUAAUUUCAGCCAGAGCUGCGUGUCUGACUGCUAAAGAAAAGGAAUUAGUGUUGUAUGAAGUCUGGUGAAGCUUCAAAAGAAAGUUUAAAGAACUGUUAAAAAUAUGUUUUUCUCCCCAGAUGUGAUGAAGCCAAGUCUGUUUCCUUCAUUUAAAACACAACAAGUCAUUUUCAGGCUCUUUACGUACAUUAAACCCCAGAGUGGCGGUUUUCUCUAUGGAAGAUCAGACAUUAUCAGCUUGAAUGUUUUCUCUCCUCCCGUUUCCUUAAACCUCUAAACGCAUCAUUUUUGUGUCUGUUUGAAACUUUCUGCUUUUCGCUUUGGUUCCUUUAGCCAAGCUGAAAUCAGGAUUUUCUUUCCUCCUAACUGUGAAGCGGUUCCCAUUAAAACACUGAACAGAC